GUCAUUCAAUUCCUAUAAAGGCGAGUGUAGCGGUAAGCCGCGUCCCCUUUCCUUCUCUCUUGCACAGCGAUCUUUCUCGGUUAGGGUUUAUCUAUUUCCGUCGAUCUGCUUACGCGAUCUCGGAGAUGAACGACGGGAGCAAGAACACUGCCAGAGCCUCCUUCGGCACGCCAGCCUUCUCCGGCUGUCAAUCGGCCUCCACCAGCAGCAGCGUGGGCUCGCCCUCCAGCCGGAUCGAGCCAGUGGCGACCACGCCCGCCAGCGAGAACACCUUGGUAAGGCUGAAUCACCUCGAAAUCCACAGGGACGACGUGGGAACGCCAGAAGUAGCCGUGGGCGCUAAAAAGAAAAAAAGGGGUGCUCGAGCAGUUUCAGGUGAUAAAAGUGGAAGGGGACUCCGACAAUUCAGCAUGAAAGUUUGUGAGAAAGUUGAAAGCAAGGGACGCACUACUUACAAUGAGGUUGCAGAUGAACUUGUUACAGAGUUUGCAGAUCCCAACAAUAAUCCAGGAUCUCAAGAUCAGCUAAGUGAAAAUGGCCUGACCUUCCAAAGAUUAUGCUCAUUUAAUCCAGGUUGUACAUCUUCCAUCACCAGACAUAUUCUGACAAUAAAUAUUUACUACUGUCUCAUUAUUGUGGAGGUUAUAAGAGGCAGCAUAAAAGGAAAUUCUCUUCGUUGGCCAGGUACACAAAAAAGUCCUCACGUUUUACAUUGCGUGCACGCAUCUAUUGUUCAUUUUCUUUUCACUCAACCACCGUACUGAUUUGAGUG